AUGGAUACAUCAAAAAAAAAUCAAGCAACAAAAAACCCAACUAUUGGAAAUUUAAAAUUACAUAAUUUAAAAAAACCAUUUAACUUUUGUUGUGAUAUAAAUCAUCAAGAUUAUAAUACUCAGUAUAAUAUAAAAAAUCCACCAUUUGAAUCAGCAUUUUCAGAUACUUUUUUAAAAGACAGUAGACCAGAUUUACAUUUUCGUCUUCAGGAUAUUGCAAAAUCAUCAGCUUUUCAUCGUCAACCAGAUCAAACUGGAGGAGGUAGUUCAUUUCAAGAAGAAAUUGAAAUUAAAAAAAAGCCUUCUACAUAUGGUAGAUCAGUUAAAAAUCGAGGAACUUUGAAAUGGUUUUUAGAGGAUGAAAUACAAGUUGCUCAAAAAAUUCUUGCUGAUGAGAGACAUAAAAAAUAUGAUGAAAAAAUUAAACUUCAAAUGAUAAGAAAUGAGACUUUUCUUGCAAUAGAGAGAGGAGAUGAAUUUGAUACACUCGUAAGGACAUGUUUGCAAAGAUUCACAGCUGAUGAAGGAAAAUUGAGAAAUAUCUUCACUUUUCUCAAACUUCAAUAAUCUAAUUUGUAAGUACUUCAUUAUUAUUUAUUAAAAAAAACAUAUUUCAUUAUCAUAUUAUUUAUAAUUUUUCUUUAACAGAAUUUUUAUUUGAUGCCUGU